UCAUGCAAUAUAUAUGUAUUUAUGUUUACACAAUAAUUUGUGAUUUUCAGACAGUUUGUACAUCUGGCAAGCGUGGUUUCUGUUCUUUUCAAUUUUGCACGGAACUUGUUCUUGUUAGAAUGUUUUCUAUGUAACGCGCAUGAAAAACUGUAAUUUUAUAUUAUUUAGAUGAUUUCGUUUCGUGGUGAUUUAUAUCUACAACAAAUAGUUUAAUCAAAAUUAAGCUGUAAGUUGCAAUCCAAAGAUUUUUUACUACAGUGUUGUUUAUGAAUUUAUUAAAAAAUUUGCAAAGCAGAUGGUGAUUAAUUGGUUGUCAUUGAGUGUCAGUUCUAAAUGAAUGAAUACUUAGAAGCGAAAAGGAUCGUGAAAGAAAAAACAAAGUGAAUUUAUGCACAUUCGCAAACAGUGUUUAAUAAUAUAAAAUAACUUGUCCUUUAAUUGCAAUUUCGGUUUAUGUUUAUCGCAGUUUUUAAUGAAUGCUAAAAAAAGUUAAACAAUACGCCGGGAAGUAGCAGUGCAUUUUAUGAAAAUAGUCAUUAUGCUGAAAAAAUGAAACAAAAUUGAAAUUGAAUAAGGUAAAGGAAUCGUCAUUUAAUGCCACGCAUUUGGCUUCGAUUUUCUGCAUUUGUCUUUUCAUUUUUGACUACACUACCUCCCCCUUAUGAAUACGAAUAAAAUAUGUCUUCUGUGUAAUGAAGAACGCAUUUUUGAGAGGCAUCAAGACAAGUUGAUAAAGCAGGUGGGGUAGACGGUAGAUAUGGGAGCGACACUAUCUAUAGAAAGGAGCGAACCACAUCCAUAUAUAUUUACAAUGCUUUAAAACAACUAAUUCAAUAACGUACUGCAGAAUAUUUCAGCUGGCACUGAUUAGGGCGACCGGCAAUGCUUAUUUGUGAUAAUUUGAUAACAAUAGCACGAAAUGUAAUUGUAAAUAAGUUGCGUAUAAAUGAAAAUGAAAACCAUAAAAAAAAAAUAACAAAGCGAAGUAAUUUGUUAAUUUAUAUCGACGAAAUGUAAAAUUCUAAUUGGAACAUAGAUUAGCAGCUACCAAUUUACAUGCAAAACAUGUUGUGUUUUGAGAAAUAUUUGUACUGUUUACAAAUUGUGAAAAAGAAUUUUUGAUACUUAACCAAUAUUUACAGGUUCAAUAAUUUUCAUCAUUUGCAUGUAAACCAUAAAAUAAUUGCGUAAUUAUGUAUGAAAAGAAAAUGUAAGACAUAAUAUAGUGAUCAACGAUUUGUUAAUAUAAAAAGUUAAAUAAGUGAAAGUAAAGUAAUGGAAACGCUUUUAAAAAAUUCAUAAGAAAGAGCAAAUAAAAUAAAUUAUUAUUUCUAUAAUAAAACAAGACGUCAAUUGCGUUGCGUGUGUACCAACCGCAUGUUGACAAAUAUGUACAUACAUAUGUAUAUACAUAUGUACGGCUUGAACACAAACAACAAAAAGAUCGAGGCGAUAAACCACCAAACUCGUUCGCAAUUGCUUAUACAAAAAUUCGUCUGCCAUCACUCUUUGCAAAGAUAUAUACAUUGCAAGCAUUGGCGCUUGCAAUGUGAAUAGGCAUGCUGAUAUAGUGCCGGUAGACGAACAAAACGAUAUACAAAACUAAAGAACUCACGAAUAUGCCAGCUGUUGAUUCUUCCAAAGCAUUUGGUAAUUCGAUUUCACACGAAUACAAUAAAACAACAACAACAGCAAUGACCACUACAUCCGGUGGAGCUGCUAGUUUGGGCAAUAACGGCGGGAACGCCGCCCAAAAGCGCUCUUCAACCUCUGAUACCUCAGGUCUUCCCGAUGCAGUUUCGCAUUUCUACUACAAACAUGGCCUCUUCCUCUCCAGCUAUCCAACAUGUGCCACUAGCAUCGCUAUUAUGGCAAUAUUACUAUCGUGUUACCCUCUCAUAAAUAUUCCGCUACCCGGUACCAUACCCACCAAAAUUAUGCUGCCCUUUGACGGUCGUUACUCACUUUUCGCAGAACAACCACAACAGAAUGUUUCAUUGGUUAGGAAUUUCUUCAGCCCCCCCACGAGCAGUAAUUUCAGCUAUGAUCCACCAUUUCCAUGGGCAAAAAGUUCACCUGUAUUCUACGUACAACAAAUAAUGUUACGCACUAGUGUGCUACCCUGGACCGAAGACAUGCAGCUAAUGGAUGCCUAUCGUGCGCCGCUUUACGAAGUUUUUAAAUUGCUGGAAAUUGUGCGUAAUCAUGAAAGCGCCGACAACAAACGCACAUUGGAUCAAUCUUGCUGGCAUGUGGAUAAUGUGAAGCGUACGCGCGAUGAAAAAGUAUUAUUUCCCGAAUAUAAUUGCUUGUUAUUGUCGCCGGCGAAUUUAUGGUAUCAAGAUGUGCAAAAUUUCACGAAUGACUCAAAUUUAUUGAACACCAUCUUUCAAUAUCAUAAUCUCCAAAAAACCAAAGUCUCCAUUGCCGAAAUGCUCUUCGGCGUACCAAUGCAAGACAGCGGCUUCAAGCGCUAUCCACUUCGAUCGCGUUCGCGUAUAAUACAAUAUGCCAUCACAUUGAUACUGAAGCAAAACGAUCUGGAGUAUUUAAGCACACUAAAACAUAAACUCUUCCAGUACUAUCCGCCCCUGCAACUCAAUCCAACAACAACGGGAUAUCAGCCAACAACAAAAGCCGGUGAUGAGAAAUCGGCCAUCACUUACAUUUUCUAUCCAGAUGAGUUCAAACUAUGGGAGUUUAUGCCGUUAGCGAUUGCUUUUGUGUUGUUGUUCAUUUAUAUGUAUUUUUCGGUGCGAAAGAUCGAAAUAAUACGCUCGCGUCUCUUACUCGCAGUUUGUGCUGUUAUAACGGUGCUAGGCAGUCUGACCAUGUCGCUGGGCGUUUGCUCAUUCUUCGGCCUCACCAUCAGUUUGCAAUCGAAGGAUGUGUUUCCCUAUUUGGUUAUAUUAGUUGGUCUAGAGAAUUGUCUAGUUAUAACGAAGAGCGUCGUUUAUACGCAAGAGACGUUCGAUGUGAAGAUACGAGUCGCCAAAGCGCUCAGCAAGGAGGGUUGGCACAUUUCCAAAACGUUGCUAACCGAAAUCACCAUACUCACCAUUGGUUGCAUCACAAUGGUGCCGGUCAUACAAAAGUUCAGCAUAUUCGCCAUUAUCGGUUUGCUCUCUGAUUUCAUGCUGCAAAUGUUGCUUUUCCCUACCAUACUCGCAAUGAAUAUCAAACUGCCUGAAUACACGACAGAAGCGAAGCAUUUGCCAAAAAUGAUGUUGAGAUGCACAAUGACCAAUAACACGGCAACGCCACCGCCUGGUGGUUUCGGUAUGCUGCCGAAUGGACGUAAUGACUAUCGUUUCUACGAUAAGAGUCAGUCGUAUAUGUCCUUAGCGGGGGAUGUCUCGACCACACCACACCAUCCCAUGAACAACGGUGGCUUCGGCAUGUUCCAUCGUUCACAAUCGCACCCAAAACUAACAUUCGCCGAUCUCAAUACACAUCCAGCGGACUUAACCGCAAAGACUGGAAUUCAACCGAACAAAGAUGGACGUAUACCGAAGCGAUUGCGCAUAGUUAAUUUCUGGGCGCGUACGCGCUUCUUUCAGCGUGCCUUCAUGAUUUGGAUGAGUGUUUGGAUAUGCACGAUCGUUUACAAUUCAGGCUGUUUGGAGAAUCUAUUUGCAAUGGAUGGCAAUCGUACGUCGUACGGUAAAGACGAAGCGCAACAAUAUGUCAAGACACACGAACAAAGCGCAGUUUCGAGCUUCUUCACAAAUAUGCAGCAUGUAAUAAAUGGUGCAACAACAGCGGGACAGGACAGUGAUGGUGAUGGCGGGGGAGUGAAGGGACAACGCGAUGGGCGUAUACAGAAAGGCAAGAAAUCGCUACAUGGCAGACAGAAAGGUUCCGCCGGCGAUGGAUCCGUUAAUGACACAGAUGCCGAGCUGCGUCGUCUGCUCUAUCCAGACUAUGAAAUGAAUUAUUUUCUCUCAAAUUUUCACUGGUGCGCUAUUAUGAAACAAUAUAAUAUUUCGCUGAGUGGUCGUUAUGUAACUUUGCUACCCACUAUCAAGUUAUCGCAUCCUAUUAGCGCCGAAGCGGCUGUGCUCAUACGCAAUCCCAAAGAGAAGAUAGCGCAAAACUUCCAAUGGAAAGCUCUUGCCGCAGCACUUGAUCCCAUUGAUUUCAAUGACGAUGAACGCCGUGAAUCGCCCAUGGUAUUUCCAGGCGGCACACCACUCUACCCCAAAAGUCCGAUGGAAUUCUUUUUCGUCAUUUCCAUGUGUUUAAUCAGCAUUUUUGUGCUCAGCUACACAAUGGUCGUUUUCUAUCGUUGCAUUUGCACACGCAACUAUGCCGAAUGGCGUUCCAGUUGGUAUGAGUCGUCGGAGAUACAACAGAAAACUGAGCAUAUACUCGAGGGUGUUCCCACGAAAAUUGUCGGCCACAAGCAUACGAUCGAAUGUUUAAUAACCGAUGGUUCCCAUAUCAUCAGCUGUUGUCUGCGUGGUCAAAUAAAGGUGUGGGAUUCACGUAGCGGUGAGAAUUUGACGACAAUUCAUCGUGAAUAUAUGCAGAUAGCAACAAAGCGUGAAGACGAACAGGUGGCGCUAGAGCGUUUACCCUACUCGCCGAUCUGGUGUAUGAACGCGUUCGAUAAUCUUGUGGCGGUGGGUUGUGCAAAUGGGCGUAUCGAGUUGUGGGAAAUGCCAGACGGCGUCUUAAAGUGCAUUUCACCUGGCGAAGUGAAGUCCAAUCAGGGCAUAACGCACAUCUAUAUAAAUGGUGAUCGAGUCAUUGUGGCGCGCUUGUGUGGGCGCUUAGAGUUCUUCCGACUUGAAACCUAUUGUAAAGGACAACAAAUCGAUUGGAAUUUCACGUCGGCAUAUAGAAGAACACACACACGCACCAGUUCAGCUGGCAGUAUCGGGUUAAUGCACCAUAUGCAACAACAACGCGGAUAUUUUGCUGGUCAAUCGCCGCCUCCUUCUAACAAGGAAGAAAUGAAAAUCACCUUAGAAGCCGUGCGUUUCGCACAUCAACAGCCCAUUACCUGCAUGGAGGUAUCCAAUGGUAUGGUCUUCACUGGUAGUCAAGAUCACACACUUAAAGUGUACAGCCUGACAAAUGCCAACAUCGAAUACACACUACACGGUCAUUGUGGGCCAAUAACGUGCCUUUUUGUCGACCACUGGCAACCUGGCACGGGUGGCUCUGGUUCACAGGAUGGCAUGCUAUGCGUAUGGGAUUUGUUCACUGGCGCUUGCAUGUACAAUAUACAAGCGCAUGAUGGUGCCGUCACGGCGUUGGUAUGCGCACCUACAUAUGUUAUUUCUCUGGGUGUUGAUGAGCGUAUUUGUGUGUGGGAACGUUUUCAAGGCAACCUAUUGACUACUAUCAAUAUAUUGAACGCUUAUUCGCGUUUAUUGAUGUUGACACCAUCGUUGCUUGUCACUUGCAAAAUGGGUUCCCUCAUCGUUUGGGAUGUGCGCACUGGUGAACCAGCGCGUGAAGUUAAACUUGAUCGCGCGAAUUCUCUACUCUGUCCGAAAACUUUAAUGCUCACCGGUGAUGCUGUUGUGUGCGACUAUGGGAAUGAGUUGCGUGUGGUGCGUUUUCCUAUUGUUUCAGAUAAAUACAGUUGAACGAACUGCGCACUAGCUGAACCUAAUAAUUACUAAUAACAAUAAUCAUAAGUGCGUCCACACACAGUUUUGAUAGCAAGUUUAAAAAAUAUUGUCUAUCUCAACUACUAUGUACGUCCAUAACUCACACAAAUCACCAGAUUGCCUGAUAGCCUAGAGGGAGGUUGUGGCUGAAGCCUUGUGGUGUUUAUUUCAAAAAAUGACUGCAUUAUAUUCGUUAAAACUUUAUUUAAUGAGGUUAAAGCCUUCUCAGAGAAGGUACGUUUGUGUAGCUUCGCUCACAGCAUCGCAAAAAGUAGGAUUAAACUAAAAUAAUUACAUAUAUUUAUACAGGCAGUUAAGUAGUCGAAUUCGGUCUUGCUGUAAAAAAUUUUACAAGACUAAAAAAUUGUUUUUGGUUUACAGUAGCGUUCAUAAUCUUUCUACUAUUUCUAAUAUUUAUACACAUAUUUUAGACUGCAACUGUGUACAUUUUAGUAAAACUUUAUUUUAUUUGAGCUUUAAACUCUUCUCCGCAAUGCGGAUGUUUUGCGUUUGCCUUAAAAGUAUACUUUAAAUAAUUGCAUGCCUUUUAUAGAACACUUUUUAUUCUGGAUUCGUUAUUGUGCCUUUUAAAACUGAACUGACUUUCAUGCUUCAUUAUAAGUUCCAUUAAACUCACAACCAGUUUAUUUAAUAUCCUACCAAAAUUAUGUUUAAGCUAAUUUAUAUAUAAGCUUAGUAUAUAUAAAAUACAUACAAACGUAUGUGCACAUAUUUUUAGCCCACUAGUAGGCGUUUUAGCUUUUUAUUUAUAUUUUUAUAUUUAGCCUUAGGUUUAAUUUGGAUAUUGUAAUAAGAAAACACUUAUGACACAUUUGUAUAUUUUUAUCAGUUAUAGUUCUCUGAUUUAUUUGAAAUAAAUUGACUCCAAAAAACAAUAAUUCAUAAUAAAAAAGUAUAUACAUAUA